AUGAAAAGCCUGCGUCAGAUCCAGUCGGCCCAUUAUGGUGCAUCCAAUUCGCAAAUAACACUACACACAGGUGUAGCCUACAUAGGUGGUGAGGCAACAACAGCCACACUCCCAUUCUGUAGCUUGAGUGACAACAAUAGCCAUACACCAGCAAUGGUCUGGUGCCAUUUGAUACCGAUUCUGCGAUUCCUGAGGGAGAACCAUCCGACAGUAACUAAACUGCACUUCAUGAGCGAUGGCCCUGUAACCCAAUACAAGGGUAGACACAAUCUCCACCUGCUGUGCAACAUACCCUUCCAAAUGGGUUUCAAAGAAAUUUGGUGGAACUUUAGCGAAGCAGGACACUGGAAAGGAGCCUGUGAUGGAGUGGGAGCAACCAUCAAACGCCUGGCAGAUGAGGUGACCAUGACUGGCACAGACAUUCAUGAUGCAGAGAGCUUGGUAAAACAUCUGGAAGAUAAGACAAGCAUCAAAUUAUGUCUGAUUCCUGAAGAUGUGCAGAUACAUGUGUCAACAGCGGUACCAGCAGUCAGGGGAGUGAUGAAAGUACACCAGAUCUAUUCACAGAGGCCUGGUAUCAUCCUUACAAGAGACGUAAGCUGCUACUGUGGACCACAGUGUGAUUGCUACUCUCCAGUGGAACAUGAUGUACUGCAGUCUAACUAUGAUCAACAUAUCCCCAAACUAGGAUGUGAGGUUGGCCAAAUCUUAAAGCAACCCAGCAUCCAGCAAGCAGAGGCCCUGGUGAUCCAUCCUGAUGAUGAUACCCAAGACACCAACAGUAACAAGUCUGAUCCAAAGCAUGACAACUCUUGGCCUAAGAUUGGAUGUUACGCUGUUGUAAGGUGUGGAGAAAAAUAUUACCCCGGGACGGUGAUAUCGGUAGAAGGUGAUUGCUUUGAAAUGAAGUAUUUGAAACGAACAACAACAGGAUCCUAUCAUGACUGGAUGAGCGGGUUUUCGUCAUCUUCAUGGCAGCCACGAGAAGACCUUCUUGAGCCACUCCACGUGCCCGACAUGGACAGAAGAGGUCAUGUUAUAUUCACGAAGAAUGACUUAGAGACAAUAAAAAAGUACACAAAGUGAAUAGUCGGCAGCUGUGAAUCGUGAAUCUUGUUUGCUACAUUAAGAUUCAGUAAAUGGAACUCGAAAUUGAGCUGAUUUUAUGUCAGUGCAAUUGAAUUGUCAACU